GCUGGCCCUAGCAAUAAUCCCUCUCCCUGUCCUCUGAUUCUGCCAUUUGGCUUUUUAGAAAGUUGAGCAGAAUAAAUAUUUUCUAUAAUUUUAUUUUUUUAGGAAAAAGGAAAGCGUUUUUGGGUUUCAACCCCACGGAGAUCGCACGCAGACCUUGCAAACAACAGGAGAGACGAGAGGGAUUUGCAGAUCCGAAAUGACGCAUUAGCCCCCCUUUUCCCCCUUUUCGGCUUUCGUUAUUUCUGGUCCUCCUUCUCCAACUUUGCUGUCGUUUUACCCUCUAGACGCUCUAACGGCUGUGGUGCUCUGCUCUGUCUCUGCUUGGGUCAAGUAGGGACCUCGGGCUCCGAAAUCUUUCGUCUGAUCCGGCUUCGAACCUCAGCCUUAGUGCCUUGCUUGGUUGCCUGGGAAUUCAAGCUUUAGAAUUCAUUAUGGUGGCAACUGCUGCUACAUCUUCGUUUUUCCCUGUUACUUCACCCUCACCAGACUCUGGUGCAAACACUACCAAACUUGGUAGUGGGUUCAGAGGACUUAAAUCCAAAUCUGCAACUUCUGGUGGCUUGCAAGUUAAGGCGAAUGCUCAAGCCCCACCAAAGAUUAAUGGAGUUACUACAUCUUUGGAAACCGUGAAACAUGAGAAUGAUUCUCCAUCAUCUUCCCCAAGGACUUUUAUCAAUCAGUUGCCUGAUUGGAGCAUGCUUCUAGCUGCAAUCACAACAAUUUUCUUGGCAGCUGAGAAGCAGUGGAUGAUGCUUGAUUGGAAGCCCAAGCGACCUGACAUGCUUAUGGAUCCAUUUGGUAUAGGAAAAAUUGUUCAGGAUGGUCUUGUGUUUCGGGAGAACUUUUCUAUUAGGUCCUAUGAAAUAGGUGCUGAUCGAACAGCAUCUAUUGAGACGUUAAUGAACCAUUUGCAGGAAACUGCCCUUAAUCAUGUUAAGAGAUCUGGGCUUCUUGGUGAUGGUUUUGGUUCUACACCAGAGAUGUGUAAAAAAAACUUGAUAUGGGUGGUUACUCGGAUGCAGGUUGUGGUUGAUCGUUAUCCUAUGUGGGGUGAUGUUGUUCAAGUAGACACUUGGGUUUCUGCAUCUGGAAAGAAUGGCAUGCGUCGUGAUUGGGUUGUGUAUGACUGCAAAACUGGUGAAACCUUGACGAGAGCCUCUAGUGUCUGGGUCAUGAUGAAUAAGCUAACAAGGAGGCUAUCUAAAAUACCAGAAGAAGUCAGAGGAGAGAUAGGGCCCUAUUUUGUGAACUCUGAUCCUGUAGUUGAAGAGGAUAACAGAAAACUACCUAAGCUUGAUGACAAUACAGCAGACUAUAAGCGUACUGGCUUGAGCCCGCGGUGGAGUGAUUUGGAUGUCAACCAGCAUGUUAACAAUGUGAAGUACAUUGGCUGGAUCCUGGAGAGUGCUCCACAGUCAAUUCUGGAGAGCCACGAGCUUUGCUCCAUGACUCUGGAGUACCGGAGGGAAUGUGGCAGGGACAGUGUGCUGCAGUCACUGACGGCUGUCUCUAGCGCCGAUGUUGGUAAUUUAGCUCAAAGUGGAGGUGUAGAGUGCAAGCAUUUGCUUAGGCUUGAAGACGGUGCUGAGAUUGUGAGAGGCAGGACAGAGUGGAGGCCAAAAUACCCCAAGAACUUGGGUGCCAACAAUCAGAUUCCGGCAGAAAGCACCUAGAUUAGCUGGAAAAGCAUUGGUCUCUUCGGUCCUCGCUCGACGGGAGAGUCUUGCUAGUGUUUGUCUGAUUUUCUUGCCUUUAUAUAUACAUAUAUACAUACACUCUGAUUUGUUUUGCCUUGGGGGUUGAUGGGGAGAAAGAAGUCUCAUUUUCAUUGUAAGUAGUAGCUCCUGGCUAUCCCCAUCCUUCUCUCUCUCUCUCUCUCUGUGCGGUGGUUCUAUAUUCCUUUUUGAUUAAUGGUUACGCAACAUGUCACAUACUGUUAGGCUGUCUUCAAUAUUUAAUGCUUCACCAAGA